AUGAAAGGGAUCUUAUGUGCCAGCAGCCUCUUGUUGCUACUGUUGUUGCUGAGCCCAGACCCUGGACCAGCUUUGUUACUGCCACCCAGCUCCACCUGCUGCACUCAGCUCUACCGACAGCCACUGCCGGACAAGCUGCUGAGGAAAGUGAUCCGGGUGGAAGUACAGAAGGCUGAUGGGGACUGUUACCUUCAGGCCUUUGUGCUUCACCUGGCUCAACGCAGUGUCUGCGUCCAUCCCCAGAACCGCAGCCUAGCUCAGUGGUUUGAGCGCCAAGAAAGGAGGCUCCAGGGGACUCUGCCCAACCUGAAAUAUGGGCUGCUGGUGAAGAUGCAAUGACCCCACCAACAGCCAAAACAAUAA